GUCUCUUUCACAAGCUCCCGUCAUUCACUCUCGUCACCCACUCGCGGCACUUCAUUAUUCGACACAAGUAAGUGAGAGCGAAGCAUUCAAAAUGGGGAAAUCAUCAAAAGACAAGCGUGAUGCCUACUAUCGCCUUGCAAAGGAGCAAGGAUGGCGUGCCAGAAGUGCCUUCAAGCUUCUUCAACUAGACGAAGAAUUCAACUUGUUUGAAAAUGUCACUCGUGUGGUCGAUCUCUGCGCUGCCCCCGGUUCCUGGUCUCAGGUUCUAUCGAGGGUUCUCAUCAAGGGAGAGAAGUUCGGCCGGUGUGCUUGGCAAGACCGUGAGGCCAAGUUCCGCCAACAGAUGCUCAACGUCUUUCCCGAGAAGCAAGACGCUCAGGAUGAGGUUCAGAGGGUGCAGGCGACUCAGGAGAGCACGCCGGCUCCCAGGGAACAGGUCAAGAUUGUGUCCAUCGACUUGCAGCCCAUCAGCCCUCUGCCAGGAAUCAUCACUCUCCGAGCCGACAUCACACAUCCCGCCACCGUUCCGCUUUUGCUUAAGGCGUUGGACCCCGAUUUCGACCCAAGCACCAUGAACCCGCAAGCCUCACACCCAGUGGAUCUGGUCAUCAGCGAUGGUGCGCCCGACGUCACAGGCCUGCAUGAUCUUGACAUCUACGUCCAGUCACAGCUCCUCUUCGCAGCCCUCAACCUCGCCCUCUGCGUCCUCAAGCCUGGCGGCAAGUUCGUCGCCAAGAUCUUCCGGGGCCGCAACGUCGACCUUCUCUACGCCCAGCUGAAGGUCUUCUUCGAAAAGGUUUACGUCGCCAAGCCCCGCUCUUCGCGCGCCAGCAGUGUCGAGGCCUUCAUCGUCUGCAUCAACUUCCAGCCUCCUGAGGGUUUCACAGCCAACCUCGAAGAACCUCUUGGCGUCGGCAACAAGCUUGCCGAGAUGUUGGCCGAGAAGCAAGCCAAGGAGGAACCAACAACAAAGAGUGCCACUCAGACGCCAGCAGAUAAGGAUGGCAUCUACGACGUCGAGGUGGAGGACCUCACCAACGAGCCCCUGAAGGAUAUUCGAUGGGUGGCCCCCUUUGUCGCCUGUGGCGAUUUGUCCGCUUUCGACUCGGAUGCGUCCUACAAGCUCCCAGAUGACCACGUCUCACUCGACCCGGUUCAGCCACCCACGGCACCCCCGUAUAAGCGUGCCAUUGAGCUGAGGAGGCAAAACGGCGGGGCGUACAAGAAGACGGGACCAGCAACAGCGAAGGCGUGAAAUUUCUUUUCCCGUUAUUUUCUGUUCAAGAUAAGAUUCCCAGUAACCAAUCAACGUCUGCCGACCUACCUGCCUGCUGCACAUACCAAACUCAGAUGACAUGACUAACUCGUUUGUCUCAUGAUAUACCACCAUUGAACCAAAUCCUUCUUGUGUCUCCCUUUCCG